AUGGAAUCGCUGGCCGAGAACACGUGGGAUGUCAUCAUCCACGGUACUGGCCUGCAGCAGUCGCUGCUAGCCUUAGCCCUCUCCCGCUCAGGAAAACAAAUCCUGCACCUCGAUCCCAACGAGUAUUAUGGCGGUCCCGAAGCCGCGUUCUCCCUCCAGGAGAUGGAAGAAUGGGCUGCCGCCAACGCGUCCAGCUCAGGCGUCUUCUCCUCGGCGACGAUCACAAAGGCAGAGCAAGGCGUCUCUUCCCCUCGAGCCUACUCCCUUGCCCUCGCGCCGCAGAUCGUACACACGCGCUCGGCGCUCGUCACCCAGCUCGUCGAUUCCCGCGCGUACCGGCAGAUUGAGUUCCUCGCGGUGGGAUCCUUCUUCAUCUACACCCCGUCUGCCGAUGAUGGCGGCGCGGCAGCGAUAGUGCCGAUCCCCUCCACCCGCGAAGCCGUCUUCUCCACGACCGCGAUUCCGGCGAGGGCGAAGCGGUCGCUGAUGAAGUUCCUCAAGUCCGUCUUUGACUACGACUCGGAGGACAACCGCUGGACCUGGACUCCCCACGCCGACAAGCCUCUGGCGGAGUUCCUUGCGACGGAUUUCAAGCUCGACGCAGCGUUGCAGACGUACAUCGUCACACUCACGCUUUCUCUCGACGGCACGAUAUCCACGCGCGCUGGCUUGGCAGCCAUCCACCGCCACCUCUCAUCUAUGGGGGCGUUUGGACCGGGCUUCGCGGCAGUGUACCCGAAAUGGGGCGGCUUGUCAGAGAUUGCACAGGUCGGCUGCCGCGCGUGCGCUGUCGGCGGCGCGGUGUACAUGUUGGGCACUGGUAUGAAAGCCACACGCCCGCUGGAAGCACAGGAAGAUGGCGCGACGUUCGAGGUUGAUCUGACCAGCGAUGUCACGGUGAAAACCCGUGCGCUGGUCCGCGGUGCUGAGGAUGUGCCGUCAGAUGCGGAGCGCGUGAGCAGAUUGACAGCCGUCAUCGACUCGCCUCUCUCAUCGCUGUUCCAAGCCGCCGUUGAAGGCGCGCCGACGCCUGCUGUAGCCGUCAUCGCGAUGCCUGCGGAGUCCGUAAAGGACGUCGCGUCACCUUAUCCCAUCUACGUCUUUGCUCACUCGAGCGAGACGGGAGAAUGUCCAUCUGGUCAGAGCGUCCUCUACUUCAUCACACCAAAGUCAGCAGCAUCCACAGAAGCCUUGCAAAAGGCCCUGGACGCACUGCUCUUGGCCCUCAGCGAUGGUGCGAACCACCCUCAAGCUAUCUACAAGGUCGCCUAUGAGCAAGCCCGCGCGGGUGCGCCUGUUCCAUCCGAUGCAUCCCUCGUCGUCCCCAGUCUGCCGCUGGAUCUCGCCUUCAGCGAUGCGGCACUCGACCCGGUCAAUGAUACCUGGACGAAAGUCAUGGGUUCCGCAGCCGAAGACCCCGACGUGCAGUACAUGAAGUUCGAGGAUCGAGAGGGUGUUGGCGAGGAGGAUGAUGUCUACGAGUAG